CUGCUAACAUUAUGCCUAACCUUAACGUAAGACCAAAAAGCACAUUUGUGUUUUCUUGAAGCUUUACGGUAUAGACUUUGUGGCAGUGCAAUCGAGUGGAAACCCCACUGGUCAGAGGGAGGCAGGGCAAACACCGUGACAAGCAUAGGCAUAACACAGUUAGUUACUUUCCAUCUCUCAUCACCCUAGGUCGAUAUUUGUCAUUCGGAUCUACAGUCGUACAAUAGAAAAUACGCAUUUACCAAGAUGCCUAAGCCACUGACAGACCAGGAGAAGAGAAAGCAGAUAUCGGUGCGAGGGCUUGCAGGAGUGGAAAAUGUUUCAGACCUCAAGACUAAUUUUAACCGCCAUCUCCACUUUACGCUCGUAAAGGACCGAAAUGUGGCGACCAAAAGGGACUACUACUUCGCCUUGGCCAACACCGUGCGCGACCAUCUGGUUGGCCGAUGGAUCAGGACGCAGCAGCACUACUACGAGAAAGACCCCAAGCGUGUGUACUACCUGUCCCUGGAGUUCUACAUGGGGCGUACACUGCAGAAUACCAUGGUGAACCUGGCACUGGAGAAUGCCUGUGAUGAGGCCACCUAUCAGUUGGGUCUGGACAUGGAGGAGCUGCAGGACAUUGAGGAGGAUGCCGGCCUGGGAAAUGGUGGUCUUGGACGGCUCGCUGCCUGCUUCCUAGAUUCCAUGGCGUCUCUCGGGCUGGCAGCUUACGGCUACGGCAUCCGCUAUGAGUUUGGCAUCUUCAACCAGAAAAUAGUCAAUGGCUGGCAGGUGGAGGAGGCUGAUGAUUGGCUGCGCUACGGCAACCCCUGGGAGAAGGCCCGCCCUGAGUACAUGCGACCCGUCCACUUCUAUGGCAGAGUGGAGCACACCCCCGAAGGGGUGAAAUGGGUUGACACACAGGUAGUGUUGGCCCUUCCUUAUGACACCCCGGUCCCUGGCUACAGGAACAACGUUGUGAACACCAUGAGACUAUGGUCCGCCAAGGCCCCGUGUGAUUUCAACCUGAAAGACUUCAAUGUUGGUGGCUACAUUCAGGCUGUGCUGGACAGGAACUUGGCUGAGAACAUCUCCCGUGUCCUCUACCCUAAUGACAACUUCUUCGAGGGCAAGGAGCUUCGUCUGAAGCAGGAGUACUUUGUGGUGGCGGCCACUCUGCAGGACAUUGUCCGUCGCUUCAAGUCCUCAAAGUUUGGCUCCACCGAGGUUGUGCGCGUGGACCUGUCCACCCUACCUGACAAGGUGGCCAUCCAGCUGAACGACACCCACCCUGCCAUGGCCAUCCCUGAGCUGAUGAGGAUCCUGUUGGACACGGAGCACCAGACAUGGGAGAAGGCCUGGGACAUCGUUACGCGUACCUGUGCCUACACCAACCAUACAGUUCUGCCUGAGGCCCUGGAGCGCUGGCCCAUCGACCUGUUCCAAAACCUUCUGCCCAGACACUUGGAGAUCAUCUUCGAGAUCAACCGACGCCACCUGGAGCGCAUUGCUAACCUUUACCCUGGGGACCAUGACCGUCUGCGCCGCAUGUCCCUGGUGGAGGAGGGCGACCAGAAGAAGAUCAACAUGGCCCACCUGUGCAUCGUGGGCUCCCACGCCGUCAACGGAGUGGCCCGCAUCCACUCGGACAUCAUCAAGGCCACUCUGUUCAAGGACUUCUACGAGGUGGACCCCCACAAGUUCCAGAACAAGACCAAUGGCAUCACACCCCGACGCUGGCUGGUCAUGUGCAAUCCUGGACUGGCUGAAGUCAUUGCAGAGAGGAUUGGUGAGGAUUACAUCCGCGAUCUGGACCAACUGAAGAAUUUGCUGGAGUUUGUGGAUGACGACUCUUUGAUUCGGGACAUCGCCAAGAUCAAACAGGAGAACAAGCUUAAGUUUUCUGCCUAUCUCGAGGAGCACUACAAGGUGAAGAUCAACCCCAACUCCAUGUUUGACGUUCAAGUCAAGAGGAUCCACGAGUACAAGAGGCAGCUGCUUAACUGCCUGCACAUCAUCACUCUCUACAACCGCAUCAAGAAGGAGCCCAACAAGAAUUGGACCCCCAGGACUAUCAUGAUUGGAGGAAAGGCUGCCCCUGGUUACCACACUGCUAAGCUGAUCAUCAGGCUGAUCACGGCCAUUGGAGAUAUUGUCAACCACGACGAGGUGGUGGGCGACCGCCUCAAAGUCAUCUUCCUGGAGAACUACAAGGUUACUCUGGCCGAGAAAAUCAUCCCUGCGUCCGAUCUAUCUGAGCAAAUCUCCACAGCUGGCACAGAGGCAUCUGGAACUGGCAACAUGAAGUUCAUGCUGAACGGAGCGCUCACCAUCGGCACAAUGGACGGAGCCAAUGUAGAGAUGGCUGAGGAGGCUGGGGAGGAGAACCUCUUCAUCUUUGGUAUGAGGGUGGAUGACGUGGACGCCAUGGACAAGAGCGGAUAUGAUGCCAUGGAGUACUACAAUCGCAUUCCUGAGCUGAAGCAGGCAAUGGACCAGAUCGCUGGUGGAUACUUCAGCCCCGACCAGCAUGACCUCUUCAAGGACAUUGUCAACAUGCUACUGCAUCAUGACAGAUUCAAGGUGUUCGCUGACUACGAAGCCUACAUCAAAUGUCAGGACAAAGUCAGUGCUCUCUACAAGAACCCCAAAGAAUGGACCAAGAUGGUGAUCCACAACAUCGCCGGUUGUGGUAAAUUCUCUAGCGACCGCACCAUCUCCCAGUACGCUCGGGAGAUCUGGGGCAUGGAGCCCAGCCUGGAAAGGAUCCCUGCCCCAGAUGAUCCUCGCCAAUAAGCCCCAGCCCGAAAACCAGCCUCAGGCUUGUCCACGUUCCCAACCUCUGUUUUUCCCACAGCCCCCAACUUCUGCAUUUACCUCUGGCUAUUCCACAAAAAAAUAAAUGUUAUCUUGAGAAAUGGUUUAGAAACCAGAAAUCUCCCCUAUAACUAGUACCUUUUCAUUGUGUUAUUUUAUUGUGGUCAGUAUUAGUUAUUGAUUGACUAUAGCAACCCCCUGUCCAGCUAUGUGAUGGCCAAUAACCUGAUACCACUUUUAACCUCGACAUUCAGUAUUCAUUUUCAAUGGGCUGAAUCAAAAUCAGUAAUCACCUUCCCCAAUGCAUAGUCGACUGGCUGUGCAACAUCAGUAACACUGUUCACCAUCAUUUAAGACAAUUUGGCCAGAGAAUACACCCUUUAACAGUCAUUGUGGUCAACAAGUAGCUGGAAACCUCAACACUGUUUAAUGGUAUCAAAACCAUGUCUUCCAAGGAUGAGACAAGGGAUAUAACAUUAGAGUGGCUUAUCAUAAUACAGUAUUGAAAAUAUGCACGUUCUUCUCACAUAGACACUGUGAUUCUACACUACAGCUUUGGCCUGCCAAUGACCACCACUUUAUUCAUAUCUGCACCAAAUAACGAAUCCGGUUCAAUGGACUAGGUUGACAUGCUCAUCUUUUGGCUAGGCCCCACACAAUGCUUAUUACUAAAAUACUUUCUGCUAUAAGCUGUGUUUUGUUUAGCAUGAUCCCAUCAGUAUAUCCUCAAAACGUUGUUCCAGUGUCGGAAGUUAUGAUCCAUCAUUUAGUGCAACAAAUUAAGCCUUCUCUCCUCCACCUUCUCUGCCUAAUACCUCAAUGAUUGACUAUAAAGCUGCCUUAACUAAGCUGUGUGUGUAGUUGUACGGCCUAAAGUGAUCCCAUGAACACCUUGUCUGCUCACGUAAGCAGCUAGUUUUUUAUGUUAAAAUAAAUAACAAUUUCUGGUACAAUAGUAUUUUUCAGUGUUUGGAAUUCUUGGACUUAAAGUUAAGAUUAUACUAGUAAUUGAGUGUGUAGGGUUGAUGUAAAUUGCACUUUCCAUUAGUUUAUUAAUGUUUAUCUUCCUUUAGGGAGAGUCUGAAAAGCACUGAAAGCUUCAAACCCUGCAUUCUCUUGUUAAUGUGAAACAACCGUCAAUAAAGGAGACAAAGUUA